CGGCAUGUGAGCGACGCCACACUCGGCAGGAGAGGGGAGGGGUGAUGGAGCUAAGAUGGCAGACCGACUGAGGGUGCUGCCUCUCCGGGCUGAAGAGACAUUCAAGGGACCUAUACGCACCUAACUACACCUGAGGAUUUACCCUACACAAGAGAUGCAGUUUUAGAUCGCGCCGUGUUGAGGUGGUUUUUGGUCGGGAGCGAAGAACGGCGCUGCGGCCGGAUCUAAACUGAAGAGUGAAUUACAACAGCCAGGGAUCCUGGAUGCUGUUCCUGCAGAGCAACCCGGACUAGUAACGUGACGAUGGUGUGGAUUUAACGGCUCGCGUCUGACGGCUGGCGUUCAUCUGGCUGCUCUAGCGUGAUAUAUGCAUUGUUGUUCACCACCAUGAUGUGUGCUGCUGCUGCGGCAGCAGCGGCCGCCGCCGCCGCCGGUGGAGGGCUCCUGCCCUCCUCAUCGCCCUCCAUGGCGAUGGGUGUCCGGGUGGUUUACGGCGCCGGAGCCGACUUCUCUACCAUCGGUUCGGGCAUGGGUUCCUGUCCGGCGCCUGGAGCCCAGUCGGACUGCCGGACUCGGUACCAGCUUUUACUCUCAGGGCGAGCUCUGGCGGAGCGGUACAGACGGAUUUACACGACCGCCAUCAACGAUAAAGAGCAGGGGAUCAAUCAAGGAAGGGGAAAGAAGGCCUUAAGCAAGAAGAAAUUAAAGCGGCGACAGAAGGUCAAGUCAAAGGUGAAACCAAGGACAAAGGCAGAGAGUUUGGAUGGAGCCCUCUGUGUGCCUGACAUCAAGGUGCACAGCAACCCGUCGGCAUUCAACGUGUACUGCAACGUCCGGCACUGUGUGCUGGACUGGCAGCAGAGGGAGGCCUCCUUAGCUCUAGCCUCCAGGAGCUCGGUGCAGAGUGGUGACUCCGACAGCGAGGAGGAGGAGGAGUACCGCGAGCCGGCCAUCAAGCUCCCGAAGAUCAUUGGCAUCGGUUUAUGCGGGGUCUUUGAGCUGAUAAAGGAGACCCGCUUCUCUCAUCCGUCACUAUGCCUGCGCAGUCUGCAGGCCCUGCUGGACAUGCUGCAGGGCCAACAGCCUGAGGGCUUCCAGACUGAACCGCCUGAUGUUCUCGAGUCUCUGUUCCAGCUGUUGCUGGAGACCACCGUCCGCAGCACAGGACCCAAUGAUCCGACGGGACAAGCCAUCACUGCGCUGUCCUGUGCCUGUCUCUUCAGCUUGGUGGUGUCCUGGGGAGACACGGGGAAGAUCCUGCAGGCUGUGUCAGCCAUCCUCACCAACAAUGGCAGCCAUGCCUGCCAGACCAUACAGGUGCCCACCAUUCUGAACGCCCUGCAGAGGAGUGUGCAGGCGGUGCUGGUAGGAAAGAUCCAAAUCCAGGACUGGUUCAGCAACGGCAUCAAACAUGCAGCCCUGAUGAACAAAUGGUUCCUGAAAGAGGUCGCCAUCGAUGAGGACGAACGCUGUCUUCUGCAGACGGACGGCUCGUUUCUUUACUUGCUUUGCAAAGACGGACUCUACAAAGUGGGCUCCGGAUACAGCGGUACUGUGAGGGGCCAUGUUUACAACUCCACAUCUCGAAUACGGAACCGUAAAGAGAAGAGAUCGUGGCUUGGGUUCGCUCAGGGCUACCUGUUGUACCGGGACACCUGCAACCACAGCAUGUCAGCCAUCAAAAUCAACCCUGAGACGUUGGAGCACGAGGGCGUCGUCACUAUGCCUGGCCAACACUCAGACGGACAGAACAUUCUCUUCACGGACGGGGAGUACAUCAAUCAGAUCGCAGCCUGCAAAGAUGAUGGUUUCGUGGUGCGCAUCUAUACCAUGAGCUCUGACCCAGCUCUGCAGCAGGAACUGCAGCUCAAGCUGGCAAGAAAAUGUCUGCACGCCUGUGGAAUCUCCCUGUUUGACCUCGAGAAGGAUCUACACAUCAUCAGCACUGGGUUUGAUGAGGAGGCAGCGCUGCUCGGAGCUGGCAGAGAGUUCGCUCUCAUGAAAACGGCCUCUGGGAAGAUCUACUACACAGGAAAAUAUCAGAGCCUGGGAAUCAAACAGGGCGGCCCGUCUGCGGGAAAAUGGGUGGAACUGCCCAUCACAAAGUCUCCCAAGAUUCUUCAGUUCUCCGUCGGCCACGAUGGCUCUCACGCUCUUUUGGUGGCCGAAGACGGAAGCGUGUUCUUCACCGGCUCCGCCAGCAAAGGAGAGGAUGGAGAAUCAACCAAAAGCCGGAGACAGCCCAAACCCUACAAACCCAAGAAAAUGAUCAAGUUGGAGACCAAGACGGCGGUGUACACGGCGUGCAACAAUGGGAGCAGCAGCAUCGUCACCAAGGAGGGCGAGCUCUACAUGUUUGGGAAAGACGCCAUCUACAGUGACAGCACUUGCCAAGUGACGGACCUGAAGGGUCACUUUGUUACUCAGGUUGCAAUGGGAAAGGCUCACACGUGUGUCUUGACCAAAAGCGGGGAGGUCUGGACAUUCGGGGUGAAUAAUAAGGGCCAGUGUGGCAGAGACACCGGCGCAAUGAGCCAGGCUGGGAAAGCCUUUGGUGUGGAGAGCAUGGCCACCGCUAUGGACGAGGACCUGGAGGACGAGCUGGAGGAGAAGGAAGAGAAAAGCAUGAUGUGUCAGCCCGGCCUGCACAAGUGGAAGCUGGACCAGUGCAUGGUUUGCACCGUGUGUGGGGACUGCACGGGCUACGGGGCGAGCUGUGUCAGCAGCGGACGCCCCGACAGAGUUCCUGGAGGUAUCUGUGGCUGCGGGUCCGGGGAGUCCGGCUGCUCGGCGUGUGGCUGCUGCAAAGCUUGUGCGAGGGAACUGGACGGUCAGGAGGCCAGACAGAGAGGGAUCUUUGAUGCUGUGAAAGAGAUGAUUCCGCUGGACCUGCUUCUUGCUGUACCUGUCCCUCCCCCCCCAGGAGUCAACAUCGAGGAGCACAUUCAAAUCCGCCAGGAGGAGAAGCGGCAGAGGAUCAACCGCCGCCACAGACUGGAGGAGGGGCGAGGCCCCCUUGUUUUUCCUGGCCCCAUUUUUAUGAACCAGCGUGAGCAGGCCCUAGCCAGAAUAAGACCCCUUCAGGCACUAAGGCAUAAACGGGACAAGCAUAAAGAUGGGAGCAGCGAACGUGGAGAGAAGGACGCAAGCAAAAUCACCACCUACCCACCUGGAUCGGUGAGGUUUGACUGCGAGCUGAGAGCCGUUCAGGUCAGCUGCGGCUUUCACCAUUCAGUGGUGCUGAUGGAGAAUGGAGACGUCUACACGUUCGGCUACGGUCAACAUGGUCAGCUAGGACAUGGCGACGUCAACUCAAGGGGGUCUCCGACUCUGGUCCAGGCGCUCCCAUGUCCCAGUAUUCACGUGACCGCGGGCAGCAACCACACAGUUGUUCUUCUCAUGGACGGGCAGGUUUUCACUUUCGGAAGUUUUUCGAAAGGGCAACUCGGUCGACCUAUUCUGGAUAUGCCGUACUGGAAUGCCAAGCCAUCUCCGAUGCCGAAUAUUGGUGCCAAAUAUGGACGGAAAGCCACCUGGAUCGGUGCCAGCGGAGACCAGACGUUCCUGCGGAUCGAUGAGGCUCUCAUCAACUCCCAUGUCCUUGCCACUUCUGAGAUCUUUGCCAGCAAACACAUAAUUGGCCUGGUGCCCUCGUCUUUGUCCGAGCCUCCUCCGUUCAAGUGCUUGCUCAUCAACAAAAUGGACGGAAGCUGUCGCACCUUCAACGAUUCGGAGCAGGAGGACCUGCAGGGAUUCGGCCUCUGUCUGGAUCCUGUCUAUGAUGUCAUUUGGAGGUUUCUGCCAGCCUCAAGAGAGAUGUGGUGUUACAACGCUGUGAUCGCAGAUGCGAGGAUGCCCUCGGCCACAGAUCUCCAGGCUCGCUGUAGCAUUCUCAGUCCGGAGCUCGCCUUGCCCGCGGGAUCUCACGCCACCACGACACGAUCUCAUGGAGCUCUCCACAUCCUGGGUUGCCUGGACACGUUAGCAGCCAUGCAGGAAUUGAAAAUGGGCGUAGCUAGUGCAGAAGAAGAGACUCAGGCUGUGAUGAAAGUCUACUCCAAAGAAGACUACAGUGUGGUCAAUCGCUUUGAGAGUCACGGUGGAGGAUGGGGAUACUCCGCUCACUCUGUCGAGGCCAUUCGCUUCUGUGCUGACGCAGACAUUCUGCUGGGUGGAUUGGGCUUGUUCGGCGGACGAGGAGAGUACACUGCGAAAAUCAAGCUAUUUGAGCUUGGACCAGAUGGAGGCGACCAUGAGACAGACGGGGAUCUUCUGGCUGAGACUGAUGUUCUGGCUUAUGAUUGCGCUGCGAGGGAGAAGUAUGCCAUGAUGUUUGACGAACCGGUGCUGCUUCAGUUGGGCUGGUGGUACGUGGCCUGGGCCCGAGUCUCUGGUCCCAGCAGUGACUGUGGCUCUCAUGGGCAGGCUACCAUCACCACCGAUGAUGGUGUGGUGUUCCAGUUCAAAAGCUCCAAGAAGUCCAAUAACGGUACUGACGUGAAUGCGGGUCAAAUACCUCAGCUGCUUUACAGGCUUCCUUCGAAUGAUGGAAAUGCAUCGAAAGGGAAACAGCAGACCAGUGAGCCGGUUCACAUCCUCAAACGCUCGUUUGCACGAACAGUCUCUGUGGAGUGCUUUGAGUCCCUGCUGAGCAUCCUGCAUUGGAGCUGGACCACCUUGGUCCUGGGAGUGGAGGAGCUUCGGGGGCUAAAGGGCUUCCAGUACACGGCCACCCUCCUGGAUCUGGAGCGCCUGCGCUUCGUUGGAACAUGCUGCCUUCGCCUGCUCAGAGUCUACAUCUGUGAGAUCUUCCCCAUCGCUGCCAGCACCAAGGCUGUGGUGGAGGAGUCCAGCAAGCUCGCCGAGUGCGUGGGAAAGACACGCAGCCUGCUGAAAAAGAUCUUGUCAGAAGGAAUGGACAACUGCCUGACCAAGCUGGACAACGACCCCCAAGGCUACUUGUCGCAGCCUCUAACGCUGCUUGAAGCUGUCCUGCAGGAGUGCCACAACACCUUCACUGCUUGCUUCCACUCCUUCUAUCCCACACCCGCUCUGCAGUGGGCCUGUCUGUGUGACCUGCUCAACUGCCUUGAUCAGGACAUAGCUGAGGCAAACUUUCGAACAUCCAGCAGCCGCCUGCUGGCAGCAGUGAUGUCAGCUCUCUGCAACACUUCAGUCAAGCUGACUUCCAUUCUGCCCAUUGCUUAUGAUGGCGAAGUGCUGCUGCGUUCGCUGGUCAAACAAGUCAGCACAGAGAAUGAUUCUGCCUUGGCCCACCGCUUUCCCCUGCUGGUUGCCCACAUGGAAAAGCUAAGCCACACUGAGGAGAACCUGAUGGGAAUGACCAGCUUCCGAGAGGUUUUGGAGAAGAUGCUGGUGAUCGUGGUGCUGCCAGUCAGGAAGAGUUUGAGAAAAGAGGUGGAGCUCUUCUCCCCCCACCUGGUUUCCAACACCUGUGGUCUCUUGGCCUCCAUCGUGUCCGAGCUCACCGCCUCCGCCCUUGGCUCCGAGGUUGAUGGACUCAAUUCACUUCACUCUGUGAAAGCGUCUCCCAACCGUUUCACCAAAACGAGCCAGGGCAGAAGUUGGAACACGGGCAACGGUUCUCCCGAUGCCAUCUGCCUGACGGUGGACAAGCCUGGAGUCGUGCUGGUCGGUGUCUGUGUGUAUGGAGGAGGUGGCAUCCAUGAGUAUGAGCUGGAGGUGCUCGCUGAUGAUGCUCAGACUGAACACCCCGGAGACUCGGGGCAUUCUCACAGGUGGACAUCUCUGGAGCUGGUGAAGGGAACCUACAGCACCGAUGAUUCUCCCAGUGAUAUAGCUGAGAUCCGCCUUGACAAGGCUGUGCCGCUCAAGGAAGGAGUGAAGUACGCCGUCAGACUGCGGAACUACGGCAGUCGCACCGCUAACGGAGAUGGCGGGAUGACGACGGUCCAGUGCUCUGAUGGAGUGUCCUUCACCUUCAGCACCUGCAGCUUGAGCAGCAAUGGUACCAACCAGACGAGGGGGCAGAUCCCACAGAUUCUUUACUACAGAAGUGAAUAUGAUGGUGACCUGCAGUCGCAACUCCUCAGCAAGGCCAAUGAAGAAGACAAGAACUGCAGUCGGGCUCUCUCCGUGGUCAGCGCUGUGGUCAGAGCCGCUAAGGAUCUUCUACACAGAGCAUUCGCUGUUGAUGUGGACGAUAUCCCAGAGCUGUUGAGCUCCUCCAGUCUCUUCUCCAUGCUGCUUCCUCUCAUCCUGGCCUACAUCGGCCCUGUCGCUGCUUCUGUUCCUAAGGCUGCUGUUGAAGUCUUCGGUCUGGUUCAAGAGCUGCUUCCUGCCGUCUCCGCCCUCAACCAGAAAUACGCGCCCCCCACCUUCAACCCAAACCAGUCAACCGACAGCACCACUGGAAACCAGCUGGAGCAGGGUCUGUCAGCCUGUACCACCUCCAAUCACUAUUCUGUCAUCGAGAGUGAUCAUCCGUACAAGCAGGCCGGGGUCACGCAAUACAGGGUAUCAUUCCCAGACUGUGUCCGCUGGACCACGAUAGAGUUUGAUCCACAGUGCGGCACUGCACAACCGGAGGACGUUCUCCGGCUGCUCAUUCCGAGUCGUGUCCUCCAUCUGUCCUGCUUGGGUGGGAAGCCUCUGAUCCACGACACCAUCAAUACCUGGACGGAACUCAAGAAGUUCUCUGGCUCCAACGGCUGGCCCACUACUGUUCUUGUGCUGCCAGGAAACGAAGUUCUCUUUUCUCUGGAAACGGCGUCGGAUUAUGUGAAGGAUGAGAAGGCCUGCUUCUAUGGCUUCAAGUGUGUCGCUGUGGGAUAUGAAUUCAACCCAGGACCAGAUGAGGGAAUCAUCCAGCUAGAGAAAGAGCUGGCCUACUUGGGAAGUGUUUGUGCUGCUGCUCUGAUGAAAAAGGACCUGGCCCUCCCAAUAGGCAAUGAACUGGAGGAAGAUCUUGAGAUUCUUGAGGAAGCGUCUCUCCAGGUGUGUAAAGCCCAUGCAGGAAUCCUGGGAAAAGGUCUGGCCUUGUCUCAUCCGCCAAUCAUCCUGGAGGCCCUGGAGGGGAACCUCCCCCUCCACAUUCAAACCAAUGAGCACUCUUUUCUGGAAGACUUUAUCACCUGUGUGCAAAAUUCCAGCGGCGGGCGUCUGGCCAGGUGGCUCCAGCCUGACUCCUACGCAGACCCUCAGAAAACAUCUCUGAUUCUCAACAAAGAUGAUAUUCGCUGUGGCUGGCCGGCCACCGUUGUCGUGCAGACAAAAGAUCAAUAUGGAGACGUGGUGCACGUUCCUAACAUGAAGGUGGAAGUGAAAGCUGUACCCGUGUCCCAGAAGAAGUCUUUGCAGCCCGAUAGCAUGAAGAAGCUACAAAGGCUACCUGGAAGUGCUUCGCCUUCAUUUUCUGGUCCAGACUUAACCUUUGGGGGUCUCCCUGUGCCCAAGCUGGAGGCCACGUACGAGCCUGUGAUUGUGAAAGAGGCUCGAUAUAUCGCCAUUACUAUGAUGAAGGUCUACGAAAGCUAUUCUUUCGAGGAGCUCCGGUUUGCUUCCCCGACUCCAAAGAGACCCAGUGAGAACAUGCUGAUCCGUGCCAACACUGAUGGAACCUACAGUGCCAACUGGACUCCAGGAGCAGUGGGACUCUAUACCAUCCAUGUCACCAUUGAUGGAAUUGAAAUUGAUGCUGGUUUGGAGGUGGAAGUCAAAGACCCUCCGAAAGGCAUGAUCCCACCUGGUACACAAAUGGUCAAGCCUAAGGUCGAACCACAGCCCAGCAAGGUUCGCAAAUUUGUAUCCAAAGAUAGUGCAGGUCUACGUGUCCGUAGUCAUCCGUCGCUGCAGAGCGAGCAGAUCGGCGUCGUGCACCUCAAUGGCACGAUCACGUUUAUUGACGAGAUCCACAAUGACGACGGCGUAUGGCUGCGGCUCAAUGAUGAAACGGUGAAGAAGUAUGUCCCUAGCAUGAACGGCUACACUGAAGCCUGGUGCUUGUCCUUCAACCAGCACCUCGGCCGGAGCCUGCUGGUCCCAGCUGACAAUGUCUUUAACGCUAGCCAAGGAGUCAGGGAUAUCGGCUUUUUGUCGUGGACCCCUUUAACUAUUUUCCCAUCACAGGAGGUCAGGGGCCAAUCGGAAGAGAGCACAAAGGAGGUGAGCAGCUGCCCUUCCCACGAGGCCCCCAAGCGGGUGCAGAGCAGGGCAGGGCAGGGCGGCGGUCCGGGGCUUUAUAAGGUAGUGAAGACUGGCCCCUCUGGUCACAACAUCAGAAGCUGCCCAAACCUUAGGGGUAUCCCCAUUGGAAUGUUAGUACUUGGCAACAUGGUCAAGGCUAUAGGCGAGGUGGUCAACUCUGAGGGAACCUGGGUGCAGCUGGAUAAGAACAGUGUGGUGGAGUUUUGUGAGAGUGAUGAGGGAGAAGCCUGGUCUUUGGCCCGAGACCGUGGAGCGAACCAGUACCUUCGCCAUGAUGAAGAACAAGCUCUCACUGACCAGACGCCUCCACCGAGCCCUUUCUCCGUUCAGGCCUUCAACAAGGCCACAACAUCUAACGGAGCCCAGGGGUUCGACUAUGGCAUCUCCAACAACAAAGGUGACCGGUUGAGUGCCAUACUGAAUUCCAUUCAGUCUGGGCCCUUCCUCUCCGCAACACCUUCCUCCUCCUCCUCUUCCUCCGUUUUUGAGCAAGCCGCCCAACCUCCCUCCUCCUCCUCCUCCUCCUCCUCGUCCUCGUCCUCCCUUGUCCACAGCCCGUUUGUGUUUGGACAAUCCCCCUCCCAACUGUCUCAGCCUCAACCACAACUUCUGAACGGUUCGUCCCGCAGCCUUGCUUCUCGUGAGCACAAAAGCAGUGUGUCCGUGGCUGAGCAUGGCACCGCUCUCACAGCUCUCGCUCUAAGGCGAAAGGGUGAGAGAGGGAACCUGAUGCAGAGUGCGAGGCCCAUUUCUCCUGCCUCCAAACACCGUCAGGAGAACCGCUCGCCAAAGCAGGAGAAUCGAGGAAGCCGUGUGUCUGAGCAGGGCAGAAUCAAGACAGGCGAGGGCGCAAUCUCCGCCAAUGAGGCGCUGAUUCUGCGUUCAGACACUGCAAAACUGAGGUCCGACUCUCACAGCCGCUCUCACUCCCCCAAUCACAACACUCUUCAAGCGCUAAAGGCUGAUGGUAGAACCACAGGGCACCGCUCUGAGUCCCCAAACCCUGGCUCUCGCUCCUCCUCGCCCAAGCAGAAAGGCGUCUCCUCUUCUGGAAGAUCCAGCCCCUGCAGCACAGCGUCACAGAUCUCCACUUCAUCUCACCACGAUAAGAACCUGACACCAAAAGUCAGUCCAUCCUCGAAAGCCCGCCUGGAGCCCCCGAGGGAGAGGUCCAAGUCUGACUCUUACACCCUGGACCCUGACACGCUCAGAAAGAAGAAGAUUCCUCUCACAGAGCCGCUCAGAGGAAGGUCCACCUCCCCCAAACCAAAAUUGUCUCCAAAGGAUCCAAACAAAGGGGUUAUCAGUAACGCUGAGAAUCGUGUUCCUUCUCCACAUGUGACCCAAGAGAACCUUCACAGUGAGGUAGUAGAAGUUUGUACCCCUGGAGCUCUCUUCGCCAAUGAAGAGGUCAAUGAUGAGAACAUCGAGGUCAACAAUGCAGAUGAAGGCUCGUGUAAAGUGCAUUUCAGUAUUGGCAAAGCCCCGGUUAAGGAGGAAACGGAGAGCCGAUCCUCUCCAAAGGUCAGCCGGAAAACCUCCAGUCGACACACACGACCAAAGAAAGAUAAGUCAGGACCUUUGUUUAAGGGUGAGAGUACUCAAAGACUUACAGAGCCUGUCAAACAGGCCAUGUCUCCGUCUGUAGCUGAGUGUGCACGAGCGGUUUUUGCUGCAUUCUUGUGGCAUGAAGGGAUCGUUCAUGACGCAAUGGCUUGCUCCUCCUUCCUCAAGUUCAACCCAGACUUAACCAAAGAGCACGCACCGAUCCGGAACUCCCUCGGGGGACAAGGUGCAGAGGAGAAGGAGAGCAAGCUGAAGAACCGCCACUCCUUGGAGAUCUCCUCCGCGCUCAACAUGUUCAACAUCGCACCACACGGGCCAGACAUCUCCAAAAUGGGCAGCAUCAACAAGAACAAGGUGCUGUCGAUGCUCAAAGAACCUCCGCUGCCCGAGAAGUGCGAGGACGGAAAAGGAGAGUCCGUCUCCUACGAGAUGACUUCUCACCCGUCCAUGAGAGCCAAGUCAGUUUUGCCUUUGACCUUACAGCAUCUCGUCGCUUUUUGGGAGGACAUUUCCUUAGCGACCAUCAAAGCGGCUACCCAGAACAUGAUCUUCCCCAGCCCGGGAUCCAGUGCCAUAUUGAAAAAGAAGGAGCACGAGAAGGACAAUAAAAAGACAAAGAAGGAGAAGAAGAAACGAGAAAAAGCCGAGGUGAGGCCCAGAGGAAAUCUCUUUGGUGAGAUGGCACAGCUGGCCAUGGGAGGACCAGAGAAGGACACCAUCUGUGAGCUGUGUGGCGAGUCACAUCCGUAUCCAGUCACCUACCACAUGAGGCAAGCUCACCCAGGAUGUGGGCGCUAUGCCGGGGGUCAAGGCUAUAACAGUAUAGGACACUUCUGCGGAGGAUGGGCAGGAAACUGUGGAGAUGGUGGCAUCGGUGGAAGCACCUGGUACCUGGUGUGUGACCGCUGCAGAGAAAAGUAUCUCCGUGAGAAACAGACGGCGGCGAGAGAAAAGGUGAAACAAUCGAGGAAGAAGCCUCUCCAGGUGAAGACGCCGCGAGCUCUGCCAACAAUGGAAGCCCACCAGGUCAUCCGGGCGAACGCUCUGUUCCUGCUGUCACUCAGCAGUGCCGCAGAGCCAAGCAUGCUGUGCCACCAUCCUCCCAGGCCUCUGCACUCCCAUCUGCUCCCCAGCCUGAAGGAAGGGGUGUCGGCUGAAAUCCCCAAUAAGAUGAGCUGCCUCUACCUGCAGACUCUGGCGAGACAACACACGGAGAACUUUGGGAGCUAUCCAGACGAUAACCUCUUCCAAGACGAGAUGAGGUAUCUACGCUCCACGUCAGUCCCUGCUCCGUAUAUCUCUGUCACGCCGGACGCUUGCCCCAGUGUGUUUGAGGAGCCGGAGAGCAACAUGAAGUCGAUGCCACCGAGCCUGGAGACAAGCCCCAUCACGGACAACGACACCACAAAGCGAACUGUGUUUCAGCGGUCGUACUCAGUCGUUGCCUCGGAGUACGACAAGCAACACUCACCUUCACCUGCCCGGGUCAAAGCUGUGCCCAGACGGAGAGUCCACAGUGGCGAUGCUGAAGUCGGCUCAUCAUUGCUGCGACAUCCCUCACCGGAGCUGUCCAGGUUGAUAUCGGCCCACGGCUCACUCAGCAAGGGUGAAAGGAACUUCCAGUGGCCCGUUCUGGCUUUUGUCAUACAGCAUCAUGAUCUGGAAGGCCUGGAAGUGGCAAUGAGGCACGCACUCAGGAAGUCCGCCUGCAGGGUCUUUGCCAUGGAGGCUUUCAACUGGCUACUGUGCAACGUGAUCCAGACCACCUCCCUCCACGACAUCCUCUGGCAUUUUGUCGCCUCUCUGACGCCGUCGCCUUUUGAACCCGAGGAGGAAGAGGACGAUGAGAAUAAGGGAAACAAAGAAAUCAUAGAACAAGAACGGGACCUCGGGGUUUGUGAACAUCCGUUGUCAGACAUCGUCAUUGCUGGAGAGGCGGCUCACCCGCUGCCCCACACCUUCCAUCGCCUCCUGCAGACCAUCUCUGACCUGAUGAUGUCACUUCCUAGUGGCAGCUCACUCCAACAGAUGGCUCUCAGGUGCUGGAGUCUGAAGUUCAAGCAGUCAGACCACCAGUUCCUCCACCAGAGCAACGUAUUCCAUCACAUCAACAACAUCCUGUCCAAGUCGGACGACGGAGACAGUGAGGAGAGUUUCAAUAUCAGCGUUCAGUCGGGUUACGAAGCAAUAAGCCAGGACCUUUGUUUGGUGACAUGCCUGAAGGACUUGACCAGUGUUGUGGACAUCAAAACGUCCAGUCGCCCCGCCAUGAUCGGCAGUCUGACUGAUGGCUCCACUGAGACUUUUUGGGAGUCUGGAGACGAGGACAAGAACAAGACCAAAAGCAUCACCAUCAGCUGUGUGAAAGGAAUCAACGCUACCAACGUGUCUGUUCAUGUGGACAACUCGAGGGACAUCGGGAACAAAGUGACAUCAGUGACGUUCCUCUGUGGGAAAGCAAUCGAAGAUCUCUGCAGGAUCAAACAGGUUGACCUCGAUUCACGGCACAUGGGCUGGGUGACAAGUGAGCUUCCUGGUGGGGACCAUCAUGUGAUCAAAGUAGAACUCAAGGGCCCCGAAAACACGCUGCGAGUGCGGCAGGUGAAAGUUCUGGGGUGGAAAGAGGGCGACAGCAUCAAGAUACCAGGGCAGAUCUCCGCCAGCAUGGCUCAGCAGAAGAACUGCGAGGCGGAAACUCUCCGUGUCUUCCGACUCAUUACCUCGCAGGUUUUUGGAAAGCUCAUCAGUGGUGAUGCAGAGCCCACCCCGGAGCAAGAGGAGAAAAACCUGCUUUCAUCUCCCGAGGGAGAGGAUAAGGUUCCCUCUGAUGCUGAUCUCAAGGAGCACAUGGUGGGAAUCAUAUUCAGCAGGAGCAAACUUACCAACCUGCAGAAACAGGUUUGCGCGCACAUCGUCCAGGCAAUUCGCAUGGAGGCAACAAGAGUGAAGGAAGAGUGGGAGCACGCCAUCUCCAGCAAAGAGAACGCCAACUCUCAGCCCAGCGACGAUGAUGCCUCGUCUGACGCUUACUGCUUUGAGCUGCUGUCGAUGGUCCUGGCUCUGAGCGGUUCGAACGUCGGUCGGCAGUACCUGGCGCAACAGCUGACCCUGAUGCAGGACCUAUUUUCUCUUCUACACACGGCGUCACCCAGAGUCCAGAGACAGGUGACAUCGUUGCUCAGACGCGUCCUCCCGGAGGUGACCCCAGUUCGACUUGCCAGCAUCAUUGGGGUCAAGUCUCUGCCUCCCGCGGACAUCAGCGACAUCAUCCACUCCACAGAGAAGGGCGACUGGAACAAGCUGGGCAUCCUCGACAUGUUCCUGGGCUGCAUCGCGAAAGCGCUGACUGUGCAGCUGAAGGCCAAAGGCACCACCAUCUCCGGCACCACAGGCAUGGCAGCCGGCAAAGGAGUCACCACAGUGACGCUGCCCAUGAUCUUCAACUCCAGCUACAUCCGCAGAGGAGAGAGUCACUGGUGGAUGAAAGGCUCCACCCCUCCUCAAAUUGCAGAGAUCAUCAUAAAGCUGGUGAAAGAUAUGGCUGCUGGCCACCUCUCGGACGCCUGGUCCAGAGUCACCAAGAAUGCCAUCGCUGAGACCAUCAUUGCUCUGACCAAAAUGGAGGAAGAACAUCGGUCUCCUGUGCGCUGCAUCGCCACAACAAGGCUUUGGUUGGCUUUAGCGUCCCUGUGUGUGCUGGACCAAGACCAUGUGGACCGCUUGUCCUCAGGCCGCUGGAUGGGCAAAGAUGGUCAGCAGAAGCAGAUGCCCAUGUGUGACAACCAUGACGACGGGGAGACAGCAGCCAUCAUCCUCUGCAACAUGUGUGGAAACCUCUGCACCGACUGCGACCGCUUCCUCCACCUUCACCGACGGACGCGUUCCCACCAGAGACAGGUCUUUAAAGAGGAGGAGGAGGCCAUCAAGGUGGAUCUCCAUGAAGGCUGCGGGAGGACGAAGCUCUUUUGGCUCAUGGCACUGGCCGACUCUAAAACCAUGAAGGCCAUGGUGGAGUUCAGAGAGCACACAGGUAAACCAGCGUCCAGCAGCUCAGACGCCUGCAGGUUCUGUGGCACAAGGAACGGAACUGAACUCUCGGCAGUGGGCAGUGUUUGUUCUGACCCGGACUGUCAGGAAUACGCGAAACUGGCGUGUAGCAAGACCCAUCCGUGUGGUCAUCCAUGUGGUGGCGUGAAGAACGAGGAGACGUGCCUGCCGUGUCUCCACGGCUGCGACAAGAACACCGGCUGUCUGAAACAAGACGCAGAUGACAUGUGCAUGAUCUGCUUCACAGAGGCUCUGUCGGCUGCUCCUGCUGUGCAGCUCGACUGCACUCACGUGUUCCAUCUCCAAUGUACGAGACGGGUUCUGGAAAACCGCUGGCUCGGGCCCAGGAUCACUUUUGGCUUCAUGUCGUGUCCGAUUUGCAAGAACAAAAUCAAUCACUCAGUGAUCAAGGACCUGCUGGACCCCAUUAAGGAGCUCUACGACGACGUCAGGAGGAAGGCCCUGAUGCGGCUGGAGUACGAGGGACUACACAAGAGCGAGGCAAUAACCACGCCGGGAGCUCGAUUCUACAACGACCCCGCUGGCUUUGCUAUGAACAGAUAUGCAUACUACGUUUGCUACAAGUGCAAGAAGGCCUACUUUGGAGGCGAGGCUCGCUGCGACGCAGAGGCAGGGCAAGGGGACGACUACGACCCCAGUGAGCUGAUCUGUGGAGCGUGCUCAGAUGUCUCCCGGGCUCAGAUGUGUUCGAAGCACGGCACAGACUUCCUGGAGUACAAGUGCCGGUACUGCUGCUCUGUGGCUGUUUUCUUCUGCUUCGGCACCACACACUUCUGUAACGCCUGCCACGAUGACUUCCAGAGGAUGACCAGUGUUCCCAAAGAGGAAUUACCUCACUGUCCAGCAGGUCCCAAAGGUAAACAACUGGAAGGCACAGAGUGCCCUCUGCAUGUGGUUCAUCCGCCAACAGGGGAGGAGUUUGCUCUGGGCUGCGGGGUGUGCAGGAAUGCACACACCUUCUAAACAACAAUAGACUCCAACUGUAAACCAGUUUGUCCACUGUGAUGUUUGCUGAUUCUGAAGCUCAGCCACCAGCUUUGCUCUCGUCAAGGCCCCCCUCCUCAGAGACCGAUCCAGGAGAGAGACCUCAGGCCUGGUCUCCGAUCCUGACAUGAGCUGUGGUUCUUUUGGAUUCAGAUGAAGGUGUAUAACUAGGAACGAUGGAGUUAAAAAAAAAAAAAAAAGAUAAAGAUUAACUUGUGUCGUGUUUGCAUGCGGCCGUUCUGUUCCCUCGGCUUCUAUAGACAUUGCACACCUCCCGAUCACUCAGUCGUAACAAUGGUUUGCUUAAGGAAACUGUAUCCUGGAAGCAGCAGAAGGCCGUAUUUACAGCUUCCUAACCACACAUUUAAAAUAUUGUUGUACGUAAGCAUCUUUUCGUAAUCUUGUACAGUAUUCUCCGCUGUCAAGUGCUUCUUAGGUUGACGGACAAAAAAAUAAAUAAUAAAUCUCGACUGUUGAGAAUAUUGGUUGAACGAAAAUUAGAGUAGGAUUUAUCUAAUCUUGUAUAUAAUUAUACUAUUCCAAUUAGCUGUAUUAUGAAGUUGCUCCUCUUCACUUCAGUUUUGUUUGAUAUUCUGGAUUAUGUUUAAGCCAGAACUUUUAAUGAAGUGCAAUACUGGGUGUGCCUCCUAUUUUGCAGCUGUUUUAACCCAAGGAAUGUAUGUCAAUAAAGCCACUGUACAUUUUUAUACAGUAGACAGUCCCCCCGCCCCAUCUUCCAAAUGUCAUAUCAUUUCUGUUGUCUGGAAAUGAGAAGGAUCCCGGCCGGCGUUUGCAGUCGAUGGAGGUUAUACGUCCUACUUACUUACAGCUUUGUUUAACGACGAACAAACCAAAAGUUUCUGUGACGGCGUGACCGAUGACGUCACUCCAAAUCCAGUUGUGCACCUGUAAUAAAUCUUAAACCCGAGUCGGAGGCAAGGGGGGUUGGGGAGGGGUCGGGGAGCAGAGGGUGGAAAAAUAAACAGCUGCUGUUGUAUAAAAAGCUUAAUACUUGUGAAUCUGCUCUGUAAUAUCUGUGGUGGAUGGAGUCGAAUGGUAAUAAACCAGGUUCUCUGUUUCACAAAGUGUACCACUGUCCGGGAUUGGUUUGUUCAUAAAAAGAUGGGGAGGUUUCAGAAGACCAGACUCAAAACACAAUGUCUUUUCAUGUCUUUGAUCAUCACAGGUUUAAUGCACAACACUGACACUCAAAUAUCACUAAAAUGCGUCAUGAUCAUUUGGACUUCAUGAGCAAGAGGUCAUUUUGCCGUCCGGCAGACGGUUGCACAGCAUCCGAUGCAGAACCACCAGAUUCAGGAACAGUUUUGUUCCUGGUGCUGUCAGGCUGCUGAACGUUGGACAGUAGCUGCAAUAUUGUUUACUUGUUUAUUUGUCCAUUUUCCUGAUGAUUAUUUAUGUGAUAUUUAUUUAUUUUUGGACAUAUAGUCUUGUUUUUGGAAACCGGAGGCCUCAGACCGAAAU